CGCUUUACCUUCAGUGAGCUCUCGGAGUAUGCUCUCCAGCAAAGUUAGUGUUUGGAGAGUAUAACUUAAGUUUAAUGGUUGUUUUCCUGUUAAUCCAAGCGUCUAGUCUACGGAGACGUAACGUUGGGACUCGGUGCUGUUUUGUUCCAGGCCCUUUUUCCCCCACUGAAUCUAAAGUAAACUUCCAGCUCAAAUCUGGGAGGCUGCGAGCCAAUGGAGCGCAGAUUGUAUGGAUGAGGCAUGCUGCUAGCAGGCUAACUAGCUACCAAGAACAGGAACAGGAAGUCCAUCUACUGACAUGGAGGGCAACGGGGAGGUCAGCGACACUGACAGCGGCAUCAUUCUUCAUUCAGGGUCUGACAGCCCAACAACCCACACAAAGGAUGUGACCACACACACGCGGGCAAUAAAGAUCAAACACCAGGAACUCCAAGAGAAACUGGAGUUGUGCUUACGUGAGCUGAGGAAACUCUGCAUCCGAGAAGCUGAGCUGACAGGCCGGCUGUCAAAAGAUUAUCCUCUGCAGCUAGGAGAGAAACCGCCGCAAAUUCACAGACGUGUUGGAGCUGCAUUUAAACUGGAUGAACUCAACAUCCCUCAAGGAGCAGAGGAUUCAAAACUAAGUUCAGUCGAUGCUGCUCUAGCCCUUCAGAUGAAGAUAUAUGAAGCUGCACGGAAGCUCUGCGAAGAGGAAAACUUGAGCAAAUCUGUGAAGAAAAGCCGCCAGCAGCAGUGCAAAAGAGAGGAGAAGAAACUCAAGCACCUACAAGAGACAGCCUUCAGCCUGCGACUGGAACAUGGCCGAACAUCACUACUCCCUGCACUCGGUAUUAUGCAACGAGACCUUGGCACAUCUGAUGACAGCUCUCUGUCUGAUUCUGUUGUGCAAGAUGAAGAAGUCACAAGCCAGUCUUCACAGCCUUCUUCAGGACUCCCUUAUCCAGCAGAGACAGAUCCUCCCCAGCCUCGCCCCCUGUCCACGCAGUCGUGCGUGGACGGCGCCUACAUGCCUCCAUUUGUGACUGCACAGUCCCUGCAGCUGAACCUGAGUCACUCUCCCCAUCCAGGCCUUGACUUGAGCUUCAACUCGAGCCCUGCAUAUGACCCUCCUCCCAUCGAGCACUCCCCGUGGACCGAGUCAAGUCUUGACCAACCUUUCCAGAAGAGCAAGAAGUCACGCUCAUCCACCAAGAUGAGCAGUCCAGCCAAAACUGAUCCAUUGCCACUGUUGGAGGCUUUGCCUGUCCAGCUUUCCCAUCUGAAACUGAGUCGCACCCAGUCAAACAGUACACCCUCCACUCCAGAGAUGCGAGUGCACAGACAACUCUCCUUCAGGCUGUCCUCUCCCGAGUCGUCAUUUGAAAAGGAGCGCGGUCGCCCCAGAGGUGCAAGGAGGCGACUGACCGAGUUCUCAAUAACUUUACCAGAGACUCCAUCCCCUACAGUGAACUAUAGAAGCCAUGUUAGCUCUGAGGACAGCAACUCUGAAAACUCAUUUACUUCUUACAAUACCCCCCCGUGUCGGGAAUUGCCCUGUGAUUUGCCCAAACAAUAUCAGUCUGCAUUCCUGCUCCCUAGCCCAGUUGGCAGCUAUGGACCUCAAGCUUUUCCACAUCCUGGCUUUUACCAUAAUCCCCGGUACCAGCCCUGUACUGGUAUUCAAAAAGGCUAUUACAAUGAAGAAGUGGUCUACAAUAAUAUGGAUAUGCCACAGAGCUAUUUCCCCCAGCAAGCUCCUCGUUCCCCAAAUAGAUAUGAUUAUAGGUAUAAAGACAAUGCACUACCUCCCCACAGAGUACAGAGGCCUUUUCUUCCUGAUAUCACAGUCACCCCUCCAGCAAAAUUGGACCAUCCACACUGGCACUCUAAUGGUCUCCCACGACAAGCAGUGAAUGAACAGCUGAUGUCAUGGCAUAGGCGCAGUCAGCAAAGAGCACCCAGGUCUCGUUCUCUUGACAGACAGGGAGCAAUCCGAAUGAAAAGCAUGUUUGUUGGAGAGUCACCCAGCUACCAAACUCAGCGAUACCAUGAGCAGGUGAUUCAGAGAGGGGCUCUCCACAGAGCUGCAGAGGAUGCUGAAGGUCGCUGGUUUGGAGAGGACGCCUCUCAUUUUUAUAGCCAAGUGUAAAGAGAAGAAACUUGGAUGCCAAACUAACCCUGUUAACUCAAAGGCAGCAUGUUCUCCCGUUAAACCAAAGUGAGAUAGUCGGAAAAAUGAUUUAGAUUCACUUUUUGUGACCGUUAGAACUUUUCAUGAAAGUUCUUAUUAUCUUGUAGUAAAAAAUUAAAGCGUCUAACAACAUAAUGUUACUUAGCAUAGCACAAACUUGCCUCCAGGUUAACGUAAAACCCUCAGCAAUGUGAGUGCAGUGCAUAUGUAUUGGAUAUUGGAUGCAACUGAAAAGUAGUUUUGUUUUUGUUUGUUUUUUUUUUUUUGUUUUUUUUUACUGAUUAAGCAUUGAUCUGAAUGCCUGUGAAUUAUUAGUAAUGAAGCAGGGAUAAAUGUUCAGAUGCAGUCAGCUAAAUUUGGGUCCGUUUAUGAAAUCUCGCUGGGUUUCUUUUCAUUGCUUCAUAUGUGAAGCAAUCAAACAAAAUGACAAAUGGGGCAAGAGAUGACAUGAACUCCCACAAAGAAACAACUACCAAAAUGUGCUUAGUGUAGCUGGAUGACCAAUGUAAAUGUUCCAGAAAUAGUGUUGCAAAUAUAAAGUUGUUUACAAUGAAUUCAGGAUGAAUUGUUGUUGUCGGGUAAACUGCUAUAGGUACUUUACAUCCACACUAACAUGUUUUUUUUUUGUUUUAAAACUUCAUGUUAAAUGCACAUCAUACAGCCAUUCACACACAAUGGACGUGCCUCCUGCAUCCAUAACAUGCAGAAUUUUAAAAAAACAAACAAUUUAUGGUGCCUUAAAUGCAGUCAUGUGGACAUGAGAUAUAAAUAUAGUAAAAUGUGUUUUAAAACAAAUGGGGAAAGAUUAGUGUUGACAUGGCCUUAAUUAUAUGACUGCCAUUGUUAUUGGUAGCUUAAAAUCAACCAAAUAAUUAUUCUAGGCCAUUUACCAAAGAGAAAGGAACCAGCUUUCUGCUGUCUGUUAGUUGAAAAACAAGCAUUCAUUUUCACUUAGCUGUAUGAAGGAAAUGAAUCCACUGCUAAAAUAAUGUAAAUUAGCAACACAUCCUUUAUAAGUGUUUUGUUUGUUUGUUUUCAUCAUGUUACCUGAGAUUGAUUAAGUCACCGUUUUAAUGAACUUGUGCUGCUUUAAUUCAAGAUCCCAGGUUUGUCCCCUUUAUCAUGUACUUGUGGAGACAAAGUUGUCUCAAUGUUAUACUUAAAUGUGUCUGUAGCUGUGCCAGUUAACUUGAACUAACAGACUUAAUCAGCUAGUCCAAACUAGAUUUUAACCUACUCAACAUGGAAUGGUAGCAAAUUAAGCCAGAGCAGAGUCUUGAGGCAUGGCAGCUAUUAGCGUGUCAAAUUGUAGUGUUUUGAACUUAAUCUGUACCUUUUACCUAUGUCUGAGACAGCCGCUCACUAACAUUUCUGUUAGCAGCAGUAACAAUUGGACCCUGAGGUGGACUCGCAAACACUAUAAACCCACCACUCUCAAUCAAACCAACUUUAAAUAAUCGAUAAUUUGAGAGUCAGAGUUAUGUAGGGCAAAUUCAGCUACAGAUACACACUGACUGGUCUCUCACAGUAAUCUAUUUAUCUUAAUUUAUUGUGAUUUGCACCACUGGACCUGUGGAAAGUCAGACUUGAAAUUAAGUACAAUAUGGACCAGAGUUUGCAAAACGAAUCAGGUGUCCAGUUUACAAAAAAAAGAGAAAAACAGACCACAAUCAUGUUACCCUUUGUGCCUCUUUUUACUGUCUUUUUUUUAUUUAUCAUUUACAGUAGUUUAAGUGGACCUGUUGUUUUAUAUUGUUAAAAAAAAUCUGUGAAAAAUGUUUUCCCUGUGGACAUAAAUAAAGAGUAUUGUUUGAA